AUGACACUUAAACCGGAGCCGUCGAUUGUGCUGCAGGAGCAUGGCUUAUGCUCUUUGCCAUCUUUGCCCAUUAAAUGGGACGUCGAUGUUUUCAUCAAUGAAUUCCAAACUACUGUCUCCUCAAUUUCCCCUGAAAUCAUCGAAUUUGACCUGAUUAACUUGGAUUGCACCUUCGCUAACGCCAUUCGUCGAAUAAUUGUCGCAGAGGUACCGUCCUUCGCUAUAGAACGAGUUUACCUCUACCAAAACACGUCUGUCAUAGCAGACGAAGUUUUCUGUCACCGACUGGGCUUGGUCCCUCUUAACGUUGACGGAAGCAAGCUAGACUUUUGCAACGAUGCUUUGCCAGACACCUGUGAGAUUGAUGAUUUUGAUCCCAAUCAUCAUAUAAUUUUUGAUCUGGACGUCAAAAUUGACAAAUGUCCUCCCGUGAAAGAAAGCGAAGUACCUGCUAAGGAAAGUGUGCAUGUUUCCCCUCUUUACAGGUAAGAAUUCCAGGGCAAUCCGUGCUUGUAUAUUGUCAGUGUAGGGUUUGGCGUCCAUCUGCUAACACCAGUAGAUCAUAUUAAGAUAGUUACGCUUGUUCAACCGAUAUUAAAAUUUUCUUCCUCUAAAGGAGGUGUGUGCAAAUUUUAUCCCUUGGUGGAACAUUGCUCUUUACGAUUGGUAACGCGACUGUACCCCUGUGCAGCUUAUUGCCGGUGAUGAAUGUGUUAUAAGGAGAAGGUGUGAGGCAUAUGCGACCGCAGAGUUAAUGCAACUCAAGUAAGGCCAACGACAGUAAGCGUGAAGAAUAAGUUACACCAGUCAUAUUGCUUGUUAAUUCUGACUGGCUUCGAACACAAAACUGCCUUUUUGACGACUAUCUUUUCCCGUUUGUCCCGAUUCCUAAGUUUUUUUGCGGACAUGCUUCUGUUAGAGUGGUCGGCCACAUUCUUUAAAUGGACGCUUACAAGGGCUUUCGCCGUUAGACGAACAUGACAAUGCGGACGUCGUGUAGAGGGUGGUUACGCAUGAACGCGCCUAGAACCCAAGAUUCCUUUAAGACCGUAUAAGAUUGGAUUCGAUUCCCAUUCGCCAGCAUUUAUGGCGCCUUCUAUGCAGACAAUUCCACACACAUCUCGAGAGACUGGCCACAAAGAUGGGCAGUUAAAUUAGCUAAAGUUUAUUCUAGAUUCCGCACCUAGCUCAUUUGCACAUGGUGUUUUCAUAGUUUCGUUUGCUCUUGCGUAGAGCAAUUGACGUGCUAGAAGAUCGGAAGUGUGGCAUAAGUCCAGCCUGAUUGCUCCUAAAUUCUACCAGGCAGUUAGUGCACAUGGCAUAGUUAUCUGUUUUUGAAAUAUAGGGUAAUCCUACCGCUAUAUAAUACGAUAAGCCGAACAGGAUGAAUCGAUGCCUUUUAUGUACUCCCCCUCAAUGUUCUCAUUACCACUAGCGCUCCUGUUUCUGCUCGAGAUCGUUUAGGUUUGUAGACACAACCAAGCGAACAGCUACUUUUUUUGCUAAUUUUGUUUUAUAGGCAACUGUUGGCCAAACGACUCCGACGGUUAGCCGAUAGAUAUUAAUAGCCUCCGUCUCACUAUCAAAAGUCUGUCCUUGUAAUAGUUUUUGAACUAAUCGCUUAGCGUUUUCAUGCUCGAUUCCCUCUGGCUGUGUUCAGCGAACUUAGUCUUUCAUCCUCAACUAUUAGGGGCCAAAUAUCGAGGGUCCACAUCCAGCCAAGUCUGCCACCUCUUCGUCGUUUUUUGUCCGGGAGGAGGACAGGGAAAUUUUCCAAAUCGUUAACAAUGAGCCCAUAGGAUUUAUGCUGAGGAAUUGAUCGCAGCGGUUCCGGCUGCCCGAGUUAUUCUUUUGAUGUCUUAGCGAGUUCGACCCCUCUCGUUCGAGGCGACCUCCUCAUUACUAAGUCAACCCUAUUAAGCCUACUUCGAGCUUCUUCCGCUUGCGUACCCAGGUAUUCGCGACUACAAAAAGGCACUUGGGAAAUUGAUCCUCGGCACACAAUCUUCGGGCUGAUUGUCAUACUGUAUCGCGCGUUUCCGAGUGCAAAAUUUCUUAAAAGUACUUGCAUCUCGCUAUCCAUUCUGCCGUAGUUUUCGAGCGAUUCGCCUAGUUAGCAAGUGUCACUUCGAGAUUAUUGCUUUGACCGGGUUGGAGAUAUGUCUCACCAAUAAGCUUAAUCUUGUAACGUUUGCGAUCUCGUCUUCUCGAUGUGCUGUUAUAGAAGUACGCUACUGUUAUCAGCAUAUUUAGCACCGGGAAGUCUGUACGUGUUUGCUCCUUCGAUAUUCUUGGACCCGUUCAGAACCAUUUGCUUGCCUCUGGUAUCACUUCCUCGAAUUUAAUGCUACUCCUGCUUCGGUGCCAGCACUUAAUGGCUUGGGGAAGCUUUACUAAGAAAGAGUAUAACUGUAACUUUACAUAGCUACAGAGACUUUCAUGUACUGGAAAGUACACUUGACGAUAAUAAAGUACGAACGCGCUUGGACCAAGGGUUGAAAUCAUCAUAUCAGUUACUGAGAACGGUAAGUUGGGAUUUGAUUUAUACCCAACCUUUAUAAUCUAGCUGUCGGAUUUAUUGUUUUCGUCUCAAUAAGUACUGCUUCCUCGUGGCACAUAUUUUGCGGAGGUCGUCGAUUUUCAGCCACUCUUCGCGGGGGCUCCUGACGCAAAAUACCCGAUGAUUUUUCUUCCUAAGGGAGUUGUGUCUUUUACUUAAGGUCUCAGGCAAAAUUUUAUUGACCUCGAUAGAGCCUUGGCUGGGUUGUGCUUUCUGUUUUCUGUCGUAUGCAACACACUAACGAGCCGCCUUCGCGCUAUAUUGCUUCCUAUGACCUAGGAGUGACCGGUUUUAUGGCAGAUGGACAUUAAGCGUAAUUACAACAGCACAGGCAAGCACAUCAACUGUCACCUCGCAUUAAGCAAUGUGACACAACAUAUUCCGGGUUCAUAGGUAUUUUGGCAGAUUUUGAAUUACGUGAGCCUAGUAGUCAUCUGGUGGAUUCUAGGUGAAUUACUUAGGAAAUCCUGCUUGGGCAGUCAACUUACUGAAUCAGAUUUGUUGGAUUCCAGACGUUGUAGUAGGUAGGAGGGGGGGGGGGGAGGGUAAACUUGACCCAAACGUGAUUAAACUCGAGUCGUCCGGUGGGGCCUCGUAGCUCAAGUGGUUAGAGCGUUGGCUGUACUAAAGCCUUCUUACUGCGUGGGUUCGAAUCCCAUCGAGGCGCCGAAUUUUUCACAGUUGGGUUAAUAUGAAAUAUUCCGGGUUGUUUAAAGAAUUCUAUUGUGAUUGUGAGGCUGGGCAGCCGAGUCGUAGAUUUAUUGUGCAGAGCGCAUGCUGCCCGGGCGUGAGCUGAAUCAAAAAUCUCCUGCAAUAGGCUGAUUUUCAGACGCAUGUGUGAGUAUUCUGGGACAGUCCGUUUGGGUUGGGGGCCUCGACAGCCUGGUUUUAGCGCUCCUUGCCUAAAUCUCGUUGCAAGACAUCAGGUAAUAGGGAUCUGUUUCCAUAAAACCACUCAACGAAAUUGUUAUUUGAAGCACUCAUAUCACUCAGAUAAGUUUCAUCAAUUCCGUUUUUUACUAAUUGGGUCUGCUUUUUGGUACCUUUCACUUCCUGACGUCGGUGGUAGCCUUAGUUCAGGCUAAGAGACAAUGGUCACCCUGAAAUCCAGGUUCUCUGAACUUUCCUGACUCAUCCAAUUGCCACGUCAAAGCUAUUCACUCUGAGUCAGAAUACCUGUUCCAUAGUUCGUAGUUGUUUGCUAACUUAGUGAGUGUGAUUUGGUCGUUUAUUAUGCGUUGGGUGACGGUCUUACUCGUAACAAUCGAUUUUAUGUACUGUCCUACCUGCUGUCUGAUGCCCCGAUUCCAAGUGCGUUUGAUAGCAUAUUUUGGAAUAAAACGCCUCUGAAGAACUUAGCUGAAGGUCAACUAAGUGUCAGUUGGGACUCCAUUAGUUUGCAAAUGCUUCACCUUGUUCAGAAUAGUAUUUACCUAUCUAGGAAAAGUUCGAGCCGAGGGAUCAUUUCCCCCAACAGUUACCACCAUAGGUCAGCGUUUUUCCGAACGUUUUUAAGCCUCUCCCGCAUUCAAGGACUUUUAACUUAAGUCCGUUUACGGAUUUUUUUUGCAGUUGUAGACUUUUACUAAUCUCUCGCUCAGCCUGCACUUACUGUCCCUCGCCUCCUUAGUCCUGGUGGUCACUGCCGAAAUUAUAUUUCAUAAGAACAUUUUGUUUCGAGGUUGGACUUUGAUGCAUCAAAUUACUUCUGUGUUCCAAGCACUUGAGACCCCGAGUCUUAGCAUGCUUUCAGCUCUUAGGAACGACGACUUAUAAAAGUAAUUAUGCAAUGCUUUCUAAACAACUGGUCCUAGAUGUCGUUAAGACAAUACGCGACGAGUCCCUUGUGAUUACUGUUUCAUGCAUUAUCUGGUGAUCAGUAGCUGGGAUGUCAUAACAGUAGCACUACGGAUACCGUACGCCCUGCGCGCCCAUUGCCUCGUUUUGCGGCACUGGAUUCGAAGAUGAGUCCUAGACGUCAGCGAUGUUGCCUGUCUAACAAUUUCAUCCUUAAGCCAGUGCAGAGCCUGGGUAUUGACUUUUGUGGCAGUAUAUUGGGCGAGGCUGAUAACGCAAACCACUCUUUCUGCAUUAGCACUACCUUCUGCUGUCUGUUGCUUUUGUCAGUUUUUAGGGUUGGAAGUCACUGCUAGUCUUGCUCAUUCUGAGUGGAUGUUGGCUCGGGCUCUUCAAAUGUGAUCUAGACAGGGAAGACUUUCCUCCAUAUUUGUACCCUUCUUCCGUUACGUACUUAUUUCGCAGCUCAAUGGUAAUAUUUUUAUACUGUGCUUGUCCAUUUUUGUGUUUAGUAACGCCCUCACCUGGGUUCCUCUUCCCGGCCAAUCAGAGAUCUUUACUGCAGAAAAAAUGGCCUUACCAGCGCCGGUUUCUGGUGCCAUCCUUCUGAAUAAACUGGCCGUCGGUGAUGAGAUCCAGGCUCGAUGUUUGGCCGUCAAGGGCAUUGGACGGGAUCACGCAAAGUUCUCCCCGGUAUCUGCAGCAUACUACAAACUUCUUCCAACUGUCCGGCUUAAGCGCACUGUUCAAGGUGAUCUCGCGAAGAAGCUACAAAAAAGCUUCGCCAAAGGGGUUAUCAGUGUAAGUCGAGCCUCUCAUUUCCUCAACAGCCAUGACCUCAUUUCAACUAAUUUAAGUCUAUUGUUUAAAAUGCUAGUUUUCAAGUAUCUGCUAUUUUUUGGAACGUCUCAUUUUCUCACAGAUUGAUCCACUCACGGGAGUUGCCUCAGUUGAGAAUUCCCGACUUGACAACGGAUCUAGGGAAUAUCUUCGACUUCCAGAGUUGGCUGAUGCCGUCGAAGUUUCUCUCAACCCUCGACACUUUCUCUUCACUGUUGAGUCUAUCGCGCCAGGCCAUCGCCCACCAGACACGCUAGUCAAGACGGCCAUCGACGUUCUUUUGCAAAAGUGUGCCCAUUACCUAGCCAUUGUAGAGCGACCAGGAUUUGCUGCUACUCCCGUAGCCGAGGUUGACGUGGAUCCGAUUCUAACAGUCUCCGAAGUAAGUUAGCUGUCAUGGACUAUUUUACCAGCAUAUCAUCCCACCCCUCAAACAUGGCCUGCCUUUCUGUCGGGUUUCAGACGAACGAAAGCGCGCGCACCCAGUUGCACGGACGGGUUGUUGGUCUAGAUGCCAUUUUUGUCUCUCCGGAUUUGCGUCGCGCCACAUUCAGAUUCACUGGCGAAGACCAUACCCUCGGUGCUGCUCUCCGCUACUGCAUCUUGCAGAGGUAACUGAAAAAUUAUUUUGCAUUCAAUAAUAUCAAUUCUUCCCCUCGGAUGUGGACAUAUUUUGGGAAUAACGAAAACAGAAGUGUGCAAAUAGUUCAUGUCUGUCGAUUUCAAGUCCUUUUGUCGAACCCAAUAAACAUAUGAGACAACAAACACUAGCGACACAUUCACUUAAUGAAACCUCGGUCGGGUAGAUAGUACCAAAUCUUGUUGAUAGAAGUAAAAAAGACUGGACUUUUGGCCAUCACUUGCCCUUUAGAGGUUUCCCACUUCCCGCUGACACGAAGGCAGGCAAAGAGUCUCCGAGUAGACUAUACUCGUUACGAUUAGCCUUUCCGCUUCAACUUUUCUUCACUCACUUUCUGCCUUUCAGCGAUGCUGUCAAGUUGUGCGGCUAUUGCCAGCCUCACCCGCUUGAAGAUGCAAUCUGUUUCGAAGUCCAAAGCAAAGGCAAGUUUCCUACUUUCUAAAUCGUACUCGGAAUGCACGUCAGGUCGCUGUCCCCAGCCAGAAUGUCUGCCCAUUCUUACCGUUAAAGCGAGUUUGUGUCUGCCUGCCAUUGAAUUGUUACCUUUCCUAUUCAGCUAUCUCCUCUCAGCGGCACUUGGGGCCACUGUGAUCAACUCCUGCAUUGAUGUUUUGAGCCAUGUUCUCGUUUGACCCGUUUGGUCUAGCCUUCUGACACAAUAGAGGGGCCUGGCAGUUGCUUUUUGUCAAGUAAACGGGCGUUUGAUGAUUUGGUCCCCUCAUAGAAACGCCACCAUCGUUAUCCCCUUCAACUGUGAAUGACACAUUUACCUGUAGAUAGUAAAAGACGCGAUGACUAUUUGCAUACAUCUUCCCCUAAUUUUCGUUUGAAGUUUAAAAUUCUUACUAGCUCAACCAUUUUCACCCAUAGAGGAGCCAGCCGUCGCUGUUCUGCGAAGCGGCCUGUACUGCCUCCGCACCUGCUUCGAACAUAUCAAGCGCAAAUUCAAGUCGGCCGUCAAGAAGUCAAUGAAAACAUCCGCCAAACACCAGAGUUCUGAAUAA